AUGAAAGAAACCUCGCAUCUUUUCUCGAAAUAUUAAUUAGAAUACAUACAAAAAAUAGGUGAAGGAGCUUUUGGGAAGGUAUAUAAAGCAUUCGACUAAACCACCAAAAAAGUAGUAGCUGUUAAAGUUUUGAACACAGAUGAAGAAUAAGAAUUGCUCUCAUCUUUGAAUCAUAAUCACAUUGUCAAACACAUUAGAGGGUAAUUAUCUAAGUUCUGA